AUGAGUGAAAGUGAGCCUUUCGUUGUGCAGUUCCUUGAUGAACUCAAUUGCAGCCAGUAUAUCGACAAUUUUAAGUCCUGGAACAUCACUUCCCAUACCGAGGUUUCACACCUGGACAAGGAAAUUCUGAUCGAAGUAGGAGUCGAAAAAAUUGGUGACCGCAUCCGUAUUCUCAAACGCUCCCAAACGCUGCGUGGGGGGAAAUCUCGCUCUUCAGAGGAAACUCGAGAACUUCUACAGAAAUUCCAGGCUCUCAGCGUUGCACAACUCACUACUACAGAGGAACUGGUCACUGAUAAACAUUCGGCUAUUUUCAUCUUAAACGAUGGAUCCGCCAAAAAGGUAAACGUCAAUGGCUGUUUCAAUGCAGACUCCAUCAAGAAAAAGCUGAUUAAGAAGUUGCCCAGUGAGUUUAUUGGGUUCACGCCCCAGGGCGAUGAGACCCGCAAUUCGCAGGACUACGAUGUUUUCGUGGUGGAUUACGCUAAAAAUGUUUUGCACUUGCUCUACGAUGUGGAAUUGGUUACUAUCUGCCAUUCAACAGACCGCGUCGAGAAAAAUAGGCUCAUUUUUGUCUCUAAGGAUCAAACACCUAACGAUAGGGCCAUCCUGACAUCCAAAAAAUUAUAUCUUAAGACUUUGAGCGUCAUACACCAGUUGGGCUCCCUGUCUAACUAUACAGGCGCACUUCCAAACCCUCGGGCUCGAUUUCACCCUGCAAACGAGCUGGCCGUCGGUGAAGUUACCUCUGCGUCUCCAAAUAACCUGAGAAUCGAAAAUAACAAGGGUAAUAUCAGACAGAUCUUUAACCAGAGACCCCCAAGUGAGUUGAUCUCGACAAACCUGGGUGAGUACUUCCCUCGGGCAGACUCCAAAAGUCUUCGCAAAACCCUCAAGAGCUCAGUUCGUCAAUCUCUGAGAUUGAGUUCAAUCAAUGGUGCUGCAGCUGUAGUAAAUGGUAACAACGUAGGUAACAUAUGGGUCAACAACUCCAACGCGGUUGGCAGAGCUCUUUUACAGGGCCUAGACCAUGCCUCAGCAAAGCGCUCGAAUUCAACUUCAACCCAAACUGCCACCACUGCUAUAUCGACUCGUCAAGAGAACCUCGAUGAGGACACGCUCAAUUUCAGCUCUCCAGCUGCAUCUUUGGAGGAUGUAAGCGCUCGGAAACGAAGCGAAAGCUCUGUGGAGUCCAAAUCAACACCAGCAAAGCGUCCUGGUCUCAUUUCCCACAGUCCUGCCGGCGAACAAGGUUCGCUACGACAGAAAAAUAUAGAUCGCAUAGAACUGUUACAUGUGGAAUCAGACAACGAUGAGGAAGAUGAGGAUAUGGUCUCCUUGCCCACUAAAAUUGCAACACCUAAAAAUUGGCUAAAAGGUGCGAGGAUCGGGGCCGGUAGCUUCGGUAGCGUUUACUUGGGUAUGAAUGCUCAGACCGGAGAACUCAUGGCCGUAAAACAGGUCGAGCUUCAGCCAGCCGCAGUCACUGCCGGUGUAAUGUCGGUGUCAGAUGGGCUAAAGAAACAGUACAAUCAAAACGCUAAUACUACUGCCGCUAAAAAUAGCUCUCAAGUCCACAGGAAGAUGAUAGACGCACUGCAACACGAAAUGGGGCUGCUGAAAGAAUUGCAUCAUGACAAUAUUGUUACCUAUUAUGGGUCUUCGCAAGAGGGAGGUAACUUGAAUAUUUUUCUGGAAUAUGUGCCUGGUGGUUCUGUCUCUUCCAUGCUGAACAAUUAUGGUCCGUUUGAAGAGCCUCUCAUCAAGAACUUCACUCGUCAAAUUCUCAUAGGGUUGGCCUAUUUGCACAAGAAGGAUAUCAUUCACCGAGAUAUCAAGGGUGCAAAUAUUCUCAUUGAUAUCAAGGGAUGUGUCAAAAUCACAGACUUCGGCAUUUCUAAGAAACUCUCGCCACUCAAUCAGCAGCAAAAUAAAAGAGCAUCAUUGCAGGGCUCUGUAUACUGGAUGGCCCCUGAAGUGGUCAAACAGGUGGUAACAACAGAGAAGGCUGAUAUUUGGUCGGUGGGAUGUGUCGUCAUCGAGAUGUUUACGGGCAAGCACCCAUUCCCUGAUUUUUCACAGAUGCAGGCGAUCUUUAAAAUCGGGACAAACACGUAUCCAGAAUCACCCUCCUGGGCCAGUGAGGAGGCCAAGAGUUUUCUGCGACAGACUUUCGAAUUGGACUAUCGCAAGAGACCCACUAGCAUUGAGCUUCUACAGCAUCCUUGGCAAGACACGUCAAUUUAA